AUGGCGACUUACCUCGCGGACCGGCAGCUCCAGGACGUCAGGUUGUCUGCUUGGUACGGGCUCUCCUUCCAUGAGUCUACGGAUCGUGCCCGCGGCAAGCAUUUGAUCGUUUACGCGACUUUCGAGCGAACCGAGUCUGUGGUUGACAUCACGGAGGUGAAGAACCAUGUGGACAAGGUGAAGACGAAGCUCGCGCAACGCUAUGUCGAGCCCGACGCAUCGCACGGGCAGAAGGACUCUCGCCUGGCUAAGUUCAUCGCUCAACGUGGCAGCCAGGAGAAGCGCACCAUUGAGAUCAAGGGAGUCGAUGACAGCGGCAAGCAAGCGACCACCAAGGUCACGCUCCACGAGGAGAAGAUCGGAGAAGGCGCGGGAAGUGACCUGGGGUCUUGCAAGGACCUUGCCAGGCGGUUCUCGCAGAUCCUGAUAUCUCGGCUGUAG